AUGGCGAACGCCUUUCCCGCGGGUCAGCGCGUCGAGGCGCUGUGGAAGGGGAGCGCAACUUUCCAGGCGCGGAUCCUCCUGACGCCCGCUUCCCCAAGCGCCUUCGAGGAGAUUGUGGGCCAAGACGCCCCGCAGUCGUCGGUGAACAAGGGGCUCCUGCAGUGGGCGUGCACCCCAGAUGGCGACGUGCACCCGCACUACCUGAAGCCGGGGGUGGCGAGCGACAUGACGAGCCUCACCCCAGUCGAGUCGACGGGCCGGCGUGGGCCCACACGGGGCACGCCCCGCAGAGCAGGGGCCCCAGUGCACGGCGAGGACUGGAAUUCGCCCCCGCAGGAGUUCGCGAAGGCCCUCCAGUUCGCGCUGGACAUGGACUUCAACGACGUGCUGCGGGCAGCUACGCCCGAGGCGGCGCCGGAUCAGAGAUCGACCAGCGGGCGCGCGAGAUCGGCAGUGCGCUCAAUUGGCUUGACGGCCGCUCCAUCGCUCAUCGGCUCCGAUAUUUGCAAUUUAGGGUCACCCACGUGCACUCCCACGGCGGCUCUACGGGAGCUGCGUGGCACCGAGACAUGCUACGAUAUGCAACCUGUGAAAAUGGUAGGUUUCAGCCCAGAUGAGGUGGCCCCUCCCGAGCGACGACCGCAGGUGCGACGCGGGUGCUGUCUUGAAGGGCGCCGCCCGUCUGGCCCGGGACAAUUGGCAGUCGCAGCCGCUGCGCCCCCGCGAAGAGCGCGUUGCCAUUCGCCCUUAUGUUAA